GCAGAACACACAUAAAGCAGGGCAGAUCACCGAGUCCCUCGCGUCUUACCUUCCAGGUCUCGCAGACUCCUCCGGCUUCUGCUACGUUCAUCAAGGAUGGGGUAUGAUAUAGAACGCUUCUUGGGAUAUGUGAACGAGGGUCUCUUGUGCUGUAUAUGCCGUGAUGUUUUAGAAGAGCCCUUACAAGCCCCGUGUGAACACGCUUUUUGUGCGUCUUGUAUACAUGGCUGGCUCGUUCACCACAAUAACUGCCCCGAAGACAGACAACCAUUGACUGCGACUGAUCUGAGACCCUUACACAGAUACAUGCGGAACGAUUUGAAGCGGCUUCAGAUACGGUGCAGAAAUGCCAGGGGGGGCUGUGCGACCAUCUGUUCCCUAGAGUCCGUGGACCGGCACGAGAGAGACUGCGAGCACGGACGCAUGUCCUGCAGAAACGCUGGAUGUCCAGCCCAGUUUGAGAGAAGGAACCUGGAUGCCCACCUGGCUGUGUGUGAGCACCGUAGCCGCGAAUGCCCCAACGGCUGUGGUUAUACCAUUCUUAGCGCUCAGGAUCUACAGCAUAACUGCAUAGCGGAGCUACGGACAGAGCUAGAGCUUCUACGGUCAGAGAUGAUCUGCAGAGUCGAAGAAACAAAACAGGAGAUGGAGUCCCGUCUUGAUUCCCAAAGGAGACACAUGGUGCGGAAGGAGAGCCUCUUACAAGGCGAGGUGGAGGAGAUGAAGAGCCAGAUGUCAAGUUUGAUGCUGGACGUCCGCGCACUUCUGGCAUCAGAGAGGCAACAUCAAGAAGACCUCGAGCAAGCGGAUCUGGAGAAGAGAGAACUAAUGGAGCUUCUGAAAGGCCUACAGAAGGAGUGCAGAUCAAAAACCAGGGAGGGGGUCCAUAAACCACCCACCGGUCAUCCGCUUGCACGCCUGGAGAGCAUGAAGAAAAAGCCAAGAGAAGUUACAAUUAUUUAAUUACAAUAUAAUCUGGUGUAGCCUGUAAGAUCGUGAAUUGAAUCUACAGACUACAGCAUCAUGGGGGCUGUGAAUCUGCAACAGCUAGGGGAUUCUGUUUUUUUACUUUAAUGCAGUUGAAUAAUAGUGUAUUUGUAUACUGUCACUGUAGGGGAUAUAUAUAUCGUACAUUGUAUAAGGUAGCAGCAAAAGUUUAAGGUCAUCACAGUAGAUGACCUUAUUAGCGAAUGCCACCUUCUAGCACAAGGUAACAGAUGCUCUAUUAAAAGCUUAAAAAUAAAUAAAAAGGAAAUUAUUGAAUAAACAAA